UUUAAUAAGAUUUUUUUUUAAAAAAGGUAUAUAUUGAUGAGUUUUUUGAGAGAAAACGAUCCAGUAAUAGUUGAAAAUGAGAGCGAAGAAGGAGAGGAAGAAAAUGAAUUACCAAGAGAUUCAUUAACAUUAGUUGAACUAAAAAAGAUUAUAUAUAAUGUUAAUGAACAGAAGACAGUGAAAUAUGAUUUUGAAUAUAAAGAUAGAGAUGAUCUGGAGAAUGAACUCGAAGAAUGGUAUGAUUAUGAUGAUGUUGCUAUUAUACAGGGAAAAAAAGUUUUUGAGACGUUUUUUUGUAAAGAAUGGAUAAAUAGUAAAAUCAAGGAAAAAAAGGAAUUUAUUUGUCAUCAAUUAGAGGAAUUAGAUUCAAAGGAUCCUAAGAUACGUACUAAGUCUUGUUUUAUUUUAUUUUAUAUUUCUCAAGGAAAUUAUGGAGAAACAAAAAAUCAACAAGAUCAAAUAUACUGGAUACUUGAAAACAACAAGAUUUUAAAUGAAUGUAAUGCUCUUAAAAUAUUAUAUGACUCUAUACGAAAAAGUGUUAAUUUAUUAAACACUUAUAAACCAAUGAUUUAUGAGAAGAUCAAUACAUUUGAAUUGGAUAGUAUAACAUUAUUAAAAGUUGAAUUAAACUGUAAAAUGACAUCAUUUUAUUUUCUUCUUGAAACAUUUUGUUCUGAUUUAGAAUUUCGUAAAAAUGUUGUUGAUCUUUCCCCACCUAUAAUAUCAUGGAUGAUUGAAGAAAUUGCAAAUUUAAAAAUUAAUCUUAGUAUAUGGAGAUUAUAUUUUCCUAUUAUUCAGACAAUUCAAAUUCUCCAGAAACUUAUACUUUGUGUAUUUGGGAAUACAAAAGAUUUCUCGAAUUUAAAACGAUACCUUAGAAUGUUAUCAGGAUUACCACCAGAGCUCAAUAAGAAAGAAAUUAUAGCAACGCCUCUCGAUUAUCAUAUAUUCAGACAAAAUAUUAUUUCAAAAUAUCCAACAUAUGAGCCUCCUUCAACAUUACUAAAUAUUGAUCUAGAAUAUACUACAUUACUUCCUAUACAUAAAGGAGAAACUGAAACUAAAAAAAUGCACAAGGACUCCGAUUCUUCUGUUACAGAACAUUAUGUUACGCCAUUAUCUUCACCAUAUUUUUCUCUUAAAACAAAACAAUCAGUAUUCAAAAAAAAUCAAGAUUUGCCCUUUUUACUUCCUCUUUCUGAUUCAUUUGAUCUGGAGAUACCUACAAGUAUUAAAGAAGCUAGUGAAUUAUUUAAAAGCAAAACUCAUAUUGAUUUAUCUACAAUACAAUUAUGGGAGGAAACGGAAAAAUUUAUGAGAUUUGAAAGAGGAUGGAUUAAAGAUAAUUUAGAUCUAACAAAAGAAUCACCAUCUUUAGAUAUACAAAAUGAUCCAUUGCAUGAUUCUCGAUUAAAUGCGAUUGAGGUUAUAUAUGCGUCAUUAGUUUCACAUUUAGAAUCCUUUAUAUAUGUAAUGAUGAAAUUUUUAGACUUUUUAAUAGAUGAUGAACAAAAUUAUACAAAAAAAGAUACAGAAGAAAGUAAAAAAGAAAAUAAUAACUUUGAUUUUUUUUCUCCAGAAAAAAUUCUACAUAUACGAAAGAGAGAAAUAGCAUCAAAAUCAAUCUCCUCAACGUUACUUCUCCUUUUAAAAUCCUUUAAAUUAAGUCAUGUUUUAAAAUUUGAAUUUCUUUCUCAAUUAAUAUUAGAUUCUGGUUAUAUUGAUAUAUUUAAUAAACUUUGUUCUUUAUAUGAUCCAGUAGAAUCUAUUUCACACAUUUCAGAAAUUCCUUAUUUAAGCUAUUUUAAUACAUGUAAUAUGCAAUCAAGGAAUUCAAAUAAAUAUUCAGAAAUAAUAAGUGAUUUUUCAAAGGAUAUUAAGGCAAAUGAUUUAGAAAAUAAAGAAACGGAUAAUAAUAUAAUUAUUCAAUUUUCCCGGAGGAAUUUGUUUUCUUUAGUUAACCAUCUUAGAAUCCUUCAGAAGAUUACAAAAAAAAAAACAUACAGAAACUUAGUACUUAUUCAGAAAAAAACAUGGACUCAUCUCCAAAAAAUAACAAAAAUAACAAAUGAUAUUGUACAGCUUUACACAUUAAAAAUAUUCAAAGGGCAGAUCCCAUAUUAUAAUAAAAAAUGGAAACAAAAUAACAUGAAAAUAAUAACAUCUAUAUACCUUCAUUGUAGACCAGAACUUCAAGACGAUUGGGUUUCAGGAGUUGAAGUAGAUACAAAUACAGAAGAAUCUUUGGAAUAUGCACUUCGUUCAUUAAUACGCUUUUAUAAUUAUCAUCAUUAUUCCUUUCCUAAUCAAUUUAAAUAACAUAAAAAGACAUUUUUUAAUAUUUAAACAUUAUCAAAAUAUAUUCUAAA